AUGGGUGGAUUAGUGAUUGAUUGGUCAAAUACUAAUGUACGUCAAGCAUGUAUUGGGGCAGCUGCUUGUGUUCUAUGCUUAUUUUUUCUUAUUGGAUGUGUUUCGGUUACGCGAUCAUUAGUACUAACUUCAGCUGCAUGGUUAUCAGUCUUCUCAUUUUUUUCUCUUAUAUCAUCUGUAAUUUCAUUAUCAGUAACGCAUAAACCAUCGGCGAGCUAUACGUUUGGAUUUGCACGUGCUCCCGUUUUAGCUGUUUUUUCAACAACGGUACUUGCUUCUCUAUCGUCAAUUUUUCUUGUAAAAGAAUGCGCUGAACAUCUUUUGGAAGGUGAUCAUCAUUUACAUUCACAAGGUUUAUAUUUAUUUGGUGCUAUAGCGGCUUCAGUAUCAUUAGAAAUUGCUGCCUAUGGUGUUCGAAAUCAACCCAUACAACACGUGAUAACUGCUUCAAGUAGUUCAUCUUUACAGGAACACUUCGCUGAUGUAUCACAUGCAAUUUGUUACUUGAUUCCUGGUUUAAGUGCUUUCCUUUUGCCACGACUGAAUGCUUUGACAAUUCUUGCGUUUUUAACUUCUACUGCUUGCUUUAUUACGCAUUGGUUUAGUUCAGAAUUAUGGUGGAUUGAUGCGGCUUCAGCGCUGAUAUUAUCAAUAUGUGUUUUUAUUACUAUGUGGCCAUUAUCUAAAUAUACUGGUCGAAUCCUUUUGCAAACUUCUCCACCACAUGUUCAUAAUCAGCUUGAUAGAUGUAUAUCAGAAGCAUCAACAAUUGAUGGAGUACUCGAAUUACGCAAUGCGCAUUUUUGGCAGUUAGAUUUUUUAUCAAUGGCUGGAAGUGUUGAUGUACGUGUAAGACGUGAUGCUGAUGAACAACUCGUCCUCACUCGUGUCACUGAAAAACUUUCGUCUGUAGUUUCGAUACUUACUAUUCAAAUCGUUAAGGAUACAGGCAUUUCGUGGCACAACCAAAAUAAGGCUUUUAUUUCACAUAUAUCUUCUUCUCCAAACCUUUCUACUAUAAAUAUUUCUCCUAGUGGAAAUGAAAAUGCGGCUUUAAUUUCUCCCCAAAUUUAUUAUAAUUCACACCAUAUAUUACAUGAACAUGAGCAUAAGCAUGAACAUGAACAUGAACAUGGACAUGGACAUGGACAUGAGCAUGAACAUGGAGAUGGACAUGGACACAGACAUGGGCAUGAACAGGUGGAUGGACAUGGAGCUGUGCAUGAUCCUCAUGUAACACAUCAUUAA